UCUUUCCCUCGGAGUGGGCAGCGGCCUGUGCAGCAAUGGCCAAGAUCAAGGCUCGAGACCUUCCCAAGAAGCAGCAGGAGGAGCUGCUGAAACAGCUGGGAGACCUGAAGGUGGAGCUGUCCCAGCUGCGCGUCGCCAAAGGGACAGGCAGCACAGCCUUCAAGCUCUCUAAGAUCCGAGUUGCGGGUGUUCUCACAGUUAUUAACCAGACCCAGAAAGAAAACCUCAGGAAAUUCUGCAAGGGCAAGAAGUGCAAGCCCCUGGACCUGCGGCCGAAGAAGGGCGCCAGAUGCCACCGUCUCAACAACCACAAGGAGAACCUGAAGACCAAGCAGCAGCAGCAGAAGGAGCAGCUGCAGCCCCUGCAGAUGGUCGCAGUCAAGGCCUGA